AUGAUCACAUCCUCCCUCCCCAUUCUCCUACUCUCAGGCUUGGCAGCCGCCUUCCCCGAGAAGCGAGCAGCUUCUGCCUCAGCUUACUGCUCAAAUUCGGGUGGAAAUUACAAGCUUUCCCCUAUUGCCGCCCCAGUUCAAGGCAGUGGCAGUCCUGGUUCUGAGUCGACCUGGAAGUUGAGUGUCGAUGAUACAUCCAGCGGCCACAAGCAGACCAUCGUUGGUUUUGGAGCCGCGGUUACCGAUGCCACGGUCAGCUCUUUCAAUACCUUAUCCAGCUCCACUCUUCAGCAACUACUUAAUGAGCUGAUGACCGGUGCCGGGGCUGAUUUCGCUCUCAUGCGUCAUACGAUUGGCGCGUCCGAUCUGUCCGGUGACCCUUCUUACACUUACGAUGACAAUGGCGGCAAGGCCGAUACAUCCCUUUCUGGAUUCAACUUGGGCGACCGUGGAACGGCGAUGGCUACCAUGCUAGCGAAGAUGAAGUCACUUCAGUCCAGUCUGAAGACUUUGGGCUCGCCCUGGAGUGCUCCUGGGUGGAUGAAGUUGAAUGGGGUCAUCGAUGGUGCCACUAAUAACAAUAAUCUGAAUGACGGUUACUUGACAAGUGGGGGCACUGGUAGUACUGGGUAUGCCAGUGCUUUUGCACAGUACUUUGUGAAGUACAUUCAGGCUUACGCGAAGCUCGGCGCCCAUAUCGACGCUAUCACAAUUCAGAAUGAGCCUCUUAACAGUCAGGCUGGGUAUCCCACAAUGUACGUCUAUGACUAUGAGUCUGCACAGUUGAUUCAGAACUAUAUUGGCCCGGCUCUUGCGCAGGCUGGCUUGGAUACCAAGGUUUGGGCCUACGACCACAAUACCGAUGUGACUUCCUAUCCACAAAACGUCGUCAACGGAGCUAGCAAGUACGUCGACUCGGUCGCAUGGCACUGCUACGCAAGCAACGUGGACUGGACAGUGCUCACGGCAUUCCACCAAAGCAACCCAGGUAUCAAGCAAUACAUGACCGAAUGCUGGACCCCGGCAUCAGCAUCGUGGAACCAAGCUGCCGACUUCACCAUGGGGCCAUUGCAGAACUGGGCAUCAGGUGUCACAGCCUGGACACUCGGUACGGAUGACCAAGACGGUCCUCAUCUGUCGAGCGGCGGCUGUGCGAAUUGCCGUGGCCUGGUGACUAUUUCCAAUGGUGGAUACACAUUCAACCCAGCUUAUUACAUGAUGGCACAAUUCAGCAAGUUUAUGCCGCCGGGUGCUGUGGUUCUAAGUGGCAGCGGGAGCUACACAUAUUCUGAUGGGGGAGGUGUGCAGUCGGUCGCUUCCCUGAACCCCGAUGGGACGCGGACGGUCGUUAUUGAAAACACGUUCGGAAAUGACGUCUAUGUUACUGUCUCUACUAACAGUGGGCAGCAGUGGAGUGGCAAUGUUCCCACUCGGUCUGUGACCACCUGGGUGCUUCCUGCUUGA